UUGAACGUGAACUGGAAGACGAUUCACUCGUAUGAGAUUUCUAGACCCAGGCAACCUCCAAUCGGACGUUCCAGUUGUCUGGGGUUGAAAUUACACUUUCUUCCGCUCCGACCCCACGUUCUUUUCUUAUUCCAGGCUCUGUUGUAACCUCUCCAUGUAUCAAGCGGAAGGAUUCCGCUCGUUUGCAACGACGUCGCUUUCGUUGCUAGGCAUUGCGGCUGCUGCCAAGCGCGCUGCAGUCUAUUGGUAUUACUUGUAUCCAAGACCACGCCGUCCCCCUUUCUCACCUUGUAAACUCUCACCUCUUCCUCCGGUUCCGCUACUUUUCGUAACCUCCAUCUUUGAUCCCUUCAAGAGAACCCCGUGCUCUGGUUCUCCUCUCAUUCGCAAUGGCUCUUUUUGGCGCCAUGUCAAUACCUAAGCCGCUGUUGACGCUUCUGCUCGUGGCGGCUUCAGUCACACCCUCUGAGGCUUCCAUGGCAUCAUGGUGGAACUCGGUCGCUAGUCAGGUUGUCGUCUUGAACGAGACCACUGGCCAAUACAGAUACACCAGAUGCAAUACCAUGGGAAUGGAUACUAUCUACUAUUCAACCACGGGCGGCAACUAUCUGAAUUUCACCCAAAGCCCGCCCAAAGCCGGCAGUCCUUUGGCCGGGACGGGCUGGUACGACCAAACAAAUACCUGGGCAUCAUUAUUUUACUUCGAUGAAUCCAAUAGCCUUAGAAAUGCCAUCUUCAAGUGUAAUCCGUCGACCGGUCUUUACAUGGACGCAGAGUCAGGAUUCUACCCCGUUGUGGCUGGGGGAGCGCCGGCACCUCACACUAACUCGGGCAUAGCCGCCUUUCUCCGCGACCAAAACCGUGGUUAUCGGCUCUAUUACCACGACGAAGACAUGCAUCUCAAUGAGCUCAGCUAUGACCCAGAUACUACUACCUGGAACUGGGAGGGAAUCAUCAACCAUGACGUUCCAGGAAGCAAUGCCAUCGCCGCAAUUGACGGGAGAGAUCAAGGCAACUUCACCGUCUUCACACCUCGAGACGACAAAAACAUUCAAAUCACGCAAUGGGGCCUGGACAAGAAUUGGUACAUCUCCACCACUCCCCAUCCACUCAAGGGCAACUUCAGCACCAGCUCCACCCCCUCGUCUUCAUUCAAAAUCGACUACUCAGCCCCCUCCAACUACUCCCUCCCCUUCUGGACGGGCCAGCCCAAAUCCAUCGGCAUCAGCUUCUACACAGCCGCUAAGCGCAACGUCUACUACAUCGGCAGCGACAAGUCCCUGUACCGCCUCACUACGCAAAACUACGUCUGGGGCCUCGCGGAGAACCAGUCCACAGCCUACUGGCCGCAAGCCGACGAAGCCAACGCCGAACUUACCGUCGUGAGCGCCAUCAUCCAGGAAACGAAGAACGCCAAAGUGCGCAUUUAUUAUAUAGUGGGCGGCAAGCUGGCCGAGGUGGCGCUGAACGGCAACGAUAACGCUUGGAAGCCGUGGCGGGCGGUGCCGGAGUGGGAUCCCAAUGAUGGCGCGAAGCAGCCGACUACCUCUACUUCUGGCGACGGCGACACCACCACGACCACUUCUCCAUCAACUCCGUCCGGUUCCGGUUCCGGUUCCGGUUCGGCUACAGGCCCCGAUACGGGAACAGCCACCGCCGAAUCUGCCUCCGGUGGUUUCUCCUCUGGCGCCAAGAUUGGCGUCGGCGUCGGCGUCGGCCUGGGCGUCGUCGCGCUAGGCGUCAUCAUGGCUGCCUUUUUCCUCUUCCGGCGGAACAAUAACAAAAACUCUACCAAUCUCCACAGCCCCGAAGACGGUACGACGGUUGUGGGAUCCGAAGCCCCGAGCGCCACUACCUCGCCCAUUCCGCCUUAUGGUACGCUCGCCACUGGAUACGGAUUGGGAGCAGGAGCAGGGGAAUGGGACCAGAAGAUGCAUCCUGGGGGUGCAGGAUAUACAAACGUGCAGCAGUUGGACAAGACGGAACGGCCGAUGGAGUUGGACGCGCCUAGGGCGGUGUUUGAGUUGCCGGACCAGGCUUAUCGUCAUGAGUUAAUGGCGGAUCACACGGCGAUAAGGGCAGAGGGGCCAGGGCAUCAUGGUCAUCCUGGGGGUCAGGAGCAUGUGGGGCAGAGGAGGGUGUAGUCACCGAUUCUAGAAUAUCGAGAUGAUGGACAUGUUAGGUGAUGAAGUGAAGGAAAUGGUAUGUUUUGAUGUGAAUUGGCCUUGACGAGUUGACGAUCAACAGGCGGACGAGCUUCUUUGAUCUCCUCACGUUCGUGUUGACUGUAGCGAUGACGAAGAAAGGAACAUGUUGAGGAUAUGGCGUACAAUGCUGGCCCGAUGUUGUCAGAUUAUCUGUCACAUGUGUAUUUUUUUUAUUUUUUAUUAUUAUUAUUAUUGUUAUUA